AUGUCAUCGUCAAGCGCCGCUGCAAGAACAGCAACGAACGCAAGCACCACAAGCCGCGAGUUUCUCGACGAGCUGUACGAGCUCCUAGAGCGAGACAAGGACAAGAAAAAUACCGUCAUCCUCGAGCUGAUUCUCCAGCAAUGGCAGCAAAUCGGCGACGAGCGUCACCACACCCGCAACGACAAUCUGGUCGUCAUGGAGUCUCGGCACAUCCUCUCGAUCCACAUCCGCCUCUUCGGCGUCGCGUCCCGACCCCCUCCAAACACGACUAACCCACCGCCCACCACGUGGUGGAGGUAG